AUGAGACUUGCCUGUCGAGACACCCUCCUCUGGUUUUCUCUAUGGCUCAUUUCUCAAGGAGCCGUAGCCCCACCGACUAACGCACUACCCCAGUUCACUUUGGAAACUGUGAUCAGUGAUUUGAGCAAAGUGCAGCACAAUGUUAAGGAGGCCAAACUACAUUUUACUCGUGUUGGACUUGACAAACACUACAAAACCCGACUAGAUUUUCUGGACCAACAAAUCAAGACCCUGGGCGAGCUUAUAGACAAAAAAUACUUUUUGAUGUCGUUGAUCAGAGGUGGGAAAGAAGCUUCAGAUCACGAACACAAUCGAAACGGUGUGAAGUUAGGGGACCCAUUCAUAGAAACAGAACGCAUUCUGUCAAAUUUUAUCAUCCUCUUGACAGUGUUUCUCUGGCCUGAGAUUGAUGCAUACAGCAGAGAUCGAGAACACCAUUCGUUUCGCAAAGCAAUCUUCCAGGCUGUUCGUUUGAUGCUGAAACAUAAUCUAGCUCAACCCACCACCGUCCAACAGAUGCUUUGUGACAGUGUGAUUUCGAGGCAACUUUUACGAUGUGGCCUGAUGGAGGACGAGAUGAAAUCACCUCCGAUCACGUUGGAAGAUCACGACUGGGAGUCCCGAAAGAAGAGUAAGCUACCUACAUUAUUCAGGGACAAUUUUUGGUACCAAAUGGUUCAGCGUAAGCCUCACUAUUCCCUCAUCAAGAUUUCAUCCGCUUCAGCUAGCAAUCCUUGA